AUCAUCCUCAAAAGAAGCUUAAUUUCUAAUUUUUCUCUUUUAUUAUCACCGAAAUUCUUCCCGAAUGGUCUUUUUCCUCUAGAGGUUUUAAAUUCCAAAGGAGAUAAGAUGGGCAAGGGUCCGGGUCUCUACGCUGAAAUCGGCAAGAAAGCCAGAGAUCUUCUUUACAAGGAUUAUCAGACUGACCAAAAGUUCACUCUGACCACUACCUCUCCCACUGGAGUUGCAAUUACCUCUGCUGGAACGAAGAAAGGUGAACUCUUUCUGGCUGAUGUUAACACCCAGCUGAAGAAUAAGAAUGUCACGACUGAUAUCAAAGUGGGCACUAACUCCAAUCUAUUUACCACCAUAACGGUUGAUGAACCUGCACCUGGUCUGAAGGCAAUCUUUAGCAUCAGAGUGCCUGAUCAGAGAUCUGGAAAGAUUGAACUCCAGUAUUUGCAUGAGUACGCUGGGAUAAGCUCAAGCAUUGGAUUGACUGCAAACCCAGUAGUUAAUUUCUCAGGUGUGCUGGGGACAAAUGUUCUUGCACUCGGAACCGAUAUAUCUUUCGACAUGAAGACUGGGAAUUUCACUAAAUGCAAUGCUGGAUUGAGCUUCUCCAAUGCAGAUCUAAUUGCUUCAUUGGCUUUGAAUGAAAAGGGUGACUUUGUUAACGCAUCCUACUAUCAUAUCGUGAAUCCGUUGACGAAUACUGCUGUUGGUGCUGAGGUGACCCAUAGCUUCUCUACCAAUGUGAACACCAUCACUGUGGGGACACAACAUGCACUGGACCCAUUGACCACCGUCAAGGCACGGGUGAACAAUGUAGGCAAGGCAAGUGCAGUCAUCCAGCACGAGUGGCGCCCAAAGUCCCUGUUUACAAUUUCAGGAGAGGUGGAUACCAAGUCCAUUGACAAGAGCCCCCAGGUGGGACUUGCUUUGGCACUCAAGCCUUGAGAGGUUAUGAUGAUAAGGUCUUUUUGGGGAAGAGUAUGGUAGAGGCUUAAGAAUUUUUCUGAGGAUGUUGCGAAUCUCUAUCUACUGUUUAAUUUCAAUGGUUUCAUUAAUAAAAAACAAUAGAGGCGGCAUAGCGGUUAAAACUGUGGUAACUUUUUUAAUCAUUUCUUACCGAGGUGGUUUUACAUGAAAUGAAAUUAAUGAAGGAAAGAUAAAGAGAGUUGCCUGGCUUUAUAAGCCAAGGAUCAUUGUUUCUCUCAUAACUGUUA